AUGCCUACCACUGCAUCGCAUCCCUUUGUAUGCACCGAAUGCGGAAAGUGCUUCACCCGUCGGUCUGACCUUAACCGUCAUGCUCUUCUUCAUAAGCCGGAUGCUAAACGAUACUACUGCGCGUAUCCUGGGUGUUCCCAUAGCUCCCUUCAAAAGGGAAACUUGAAGACACACUAUAUCGCAAAGCAUUUACUGCAACGCCUUUUCCAAUGCAGGUUCCACGGUUGUCCCAAGUCCUAUACGGACGAGUCCGCUCUCAUAAAGCACGAGAAGAGCCAUCAUAGAUUCUUCCGCAGGGCGCAGAGGCCGCAUGAGCGGCAGAUGUUGCCAAGCGUGAGGCUUGGGCUUCACCCGUCCGUCUUUGUGAAAGAUGACUCCGAGCAACGUGUCCCAUCGCCAACCCCAUCCUUGUGCUAUUCUAUUAGUGACAACUCGUCGCCCUAUUCGCAACCCUUCUCUCCGGCUCCUGCGAUGGCUCCCGCCGUUAAUGACGGGAUGCACCUCGAUAGCGAGAAUCCUGUGGUGCCCUUAUCUACAGAUGAAUUUCUGCAUGAAAUGAUUCCGGAGUUAUUCCCGAAGCCCGUGCAGACAGGCACCUCUAGCAUCCCUUCCAUCCCUCCCAUCCCUUCCGACCCUUCCAGCAAUGUAUGGGACGCGUAUUUCGCUUACCUGCUUCAGGAGCCAUACCCGACUCACUUGAGCUAUGGCGAGGAGUUGUCGGACCCAAAUGCCUUUUCUUUGAACCUUCUUACGGGGCUUGGCUUUUGA